AUUUUCUUAUUCUUUUCCGAAAUUAUGGAACCUUCCAAUCAAGAAUCUAACUAUGAUUAGUAUAAAUACAACCUCCAAGCAUGUCGCCAGAGAUCGGAGUCACCGGAGAUACGAGAAGACGACCGGAAAGGAACUCGACGCAGCAUCGCUUUGUUCACCGUCGCAUUUUUUUUCGGAGUUUCGCCGGAACCAUACGGAGCUUGUCGGGACUCCUUUCGUUACGUCUCGUUCACCGGGGAACACCGCAACCUUGCCGGAGAACCAAGCAUCACCGGAGGUCAAGUCAGAGAAGACAACCGGAGUUCACGAAGGAACCCAACUCGUUCUUUCUUUUGUUCCGUUCACCGAGCACGCCGUCGGAAACAAGCCGAAAAACUCAAGACCUCGCCGGAGAUAUAUUUUACUCUUUAUCAUUUCAGUUAAUCACUUUUGAUCGUCCUCUUGGUUUCCCAAUCUUUACUCGUGCGUUAUUACAAGAAAUCGCAACGCAAUCAAUGAUGAGGAAGUCAAGAUUUGAAGAAAUGAAUAGGAUGGCCUAGAAACCCACUUUUGAAAUAAACUAUGUUUGAUGUUUGUUUUUUUUUUUUUUUUUUUUGACAAUGUAUGAAACUUUGAAAUUUUAAUAAAUGAAAUUUAAUUAUA